UUUUUAAUAAGUUUAUUUGAGCCAAACUGAUGACAUAUACUGGGAACAAGAUCUCACAUUAUCUGUGAGGGACCUUCUGACCGUAGAGGUCUGAAGCCUGUUAGUAGAACCAACAUUUCAACCCUGAUGAUUGAUAAUGAUGAAUGAAAAUGGCUCUUUAGCUACCUAAUUCCUGUUCCUAGUCCAAAGCAGUUUAUAAUCAUCUGUUUUUAUAGAAUAAAAUAGAAAAUAGAAGCUUGGCUCUAAUUAUUUUGCAAGAUAGAAAUUCUAUUCUGAGCCACCGACUCACUACUUAUGCUUGAAUCUCUUAUUAGUCCACCAGGUCAGAAUACCCUGGGAGGGCUGAUAGGUUGGUGUGGUGCUUCUGGGACCCAAACCCAAAAUCAUUAAGAAGGAAGGAAGCCACUGUGGAUAAGUGUCCAAUGCUGAGAUCUUGUAAAACAGUGGUGGAGUCUGACCCUUUUAGGAAAAUCCUAAUUAAUCCUGUUAGAGAGUAAAUCCCAGAUCCCUUUCAUCCUGGUCAUUAGGCCUGGGGCUGAAAGGAAGACAUUUAAUGUUUACUACCUCUGACACUGCUGGGUCAUUCCACAGAACAUUGUCUUAUUUAAUCCCUGUGAAAUACUUUGCAUUACCUCUAUUUACAAUUCCUCAUAUUUCCAGGUGCGUGGUUUUUUGUCUGUUUGUUUUUAACUUCCUCAGCUUUUACAUACCCUAUUCUCUCUGCCUGGAAUGGUCUUAUUUUUCCUCUUUGCUUAAUGAAUCCCUGCUUGUCCUUCAGAGCUCAUCUCAGAUGUUACUAUUUCAAGGAAGCCUUCCUAACCCCCUAGGUUUGUUUCCCUUUUACACACUAAUCACUCACUGUAUCUCAACAAGCACAGCAAUUAUGUGAUUAGUUAUUUAAUGUCUGUCACUCAUGCUAAAGUACACUUUAGCUCCAUGAGGAUGGGGACUGUGUCUAUGUCAUUUUUUCUGUGUUAUUUGUAGUGCCAAGCACCUAGUUCCUUACACAUAACUACUCAGCAAGUAACCACUGUAUGGUAAUGGCAAGUAAUUGCAAUCAUCAGGAGUUGAAUGCCUGUCUCUUAUUAAACUUUACAGCCUUCUUUAAGUUACACCACACAGGCUGGUAAAGGAAGUAUUUCUUAAUGAACUUACCCAAUAGGCUCCUCCCCAGCCAUAAUUCAGUUCUAAACUGGCAGCCUAACUAUAGAGUUAUUCAUUAACCUUAGAUACUGACUGGAGAAGAGUUCUGAGAAAAGGAACUGAAAGUUUUCAGAUCUUCCAUUUCUGAGUGCUAAGCUCUUCAGCUCAGCACCAGUUAUCUUAGCUGCACAGUUUAGGACUCUGUCGGACCUGGGCUUCUGUCUCAUGAGGGAAAUUUCUAAGAGGUAAACACAUCUGCUGGUGCACCAGUGUUUCUGAUUUCCUGCUGAGCUAAAAUUGCUUGUUUGGUGGAAAAGCAAAAGGUGGCAGCAGGUGUAUAAGAUGAAGACUCCCAAAACUUUUGAGGAGCAAACAGAAUGCAUCAUGAACUUUCUACUGACAGACUUCCUAGGCGCGCCUCUGCAGGCCGCCAACCAGAACCUCUGCUGUGAAGUUGAAGCGGAUUCAGGAGAGGCUCACCCUUUUGAUGUGGCCACCAUUGCUGCUCGCCUUCGGACUUUGGGGGACGAGUUCAACGAAGAACUGGAAGCUUCUGCCAGAAAUGUCAUUGAAGAAACUAUUCAGGGACAGGCAGGAGCUGUCCUUCAGGACACAGUAAAAUCCCUCAGCAAGGCCUGGUGUGCCCAGGAUUCCAGCUUAGCUUAUGAGAGAGCCUUUUUGGCAGUGUCGGUGAAACUCUUUGUACAUGUGAUGCGCAUGGCCCCUGAGGUGGCAAGACAGAUGGCGGCUCCCCUGACAAACAUGAUCAACGGGAACGGUGCCAUCCGGGAGUUCAUCCAGGGCCAGGGAGGUUGGGAAAAUCUGUAGAGCUGAAGAAGAGGUGAAGCUGUUUCCCAGUCUUCUUUGACUAAUCAGGUGAUUGAUUGCUGGCAAUGAAAACAGAAACAACCAAAUCAAAAACCACUUUCUUUUGGACAGAACCGGACUUAGCCGAAUAAUUUAUCUUUUAUUAAUAAAGUUGGGAGCAGCUCCCAGAGGAUCACAGAGAUUUUAUACCUUCUGUUUUGAUGUGAGUUUUAAUGAAGUUCUGUUGAAGCAAAGGCCUCCAGAC